UUGGCCCACAAUGGAAAUAAACAAGUUCCAUAGAGUACUUAAAGAGACAAAAUAAGAAUCGAUGAAUUCAAUGGAGAAUACCACAACUUCAAGGCAUUAUGGUCCAAGAUCCAACUGUUGAUCCAACAAACCAACAGAACUAUAUGACAAGUACAAAGCUCCAAACUCUAGAAGACAAAAAGAACUCCUUUAACCCCUCUUCCUCUUCUCUAUUCCUUUGAGCUUGUCCCUGCAGUGCUAAACAUGGAGAAGGUUUUCUUUCCCUUAUUUUCCAUCUUCUCUAUCCUCCCACAUGUGAGUUCCACUCUAUCCUUCAUUGAUUCGUCGAAUCCGCGAGUGUUACUCAGUGCCAAGUGGCAACCAAUACCAUGCUCGCAUCCUUCGCUUGUCCCCACUUGCAACUCCUACCUCUACGUCGAGCCACAUGGGCACUCCCCCUCCGAGAUUGCCGCCAUCUACUCCGCCAACACGUCACUGAUCGAGGUCGUCAAUCGCUCUGCCAGGGGCGCAGUCGACUUCUUGGUGCAAGUCCCGUGUACAUGUGCGGCAGCUGAUGACAACACCACUAUCUUCUUCUUCCACGACACUAAGUAUACUGUGGAGCUAAAUGACACACCCGAAAAUGUAACGGGCACAGUUUUCAGUGGGCUGGCGUGGGAUGUGGGCGAACCGACGAAUCUCACAGCUGGGGAGAACAUCACUGUGCAAUUGGUGUGCGGGUGCCUAACAGUGCCAACGGCCCCUGGGCUGGUAAUCUCGUAUGCUGUGCAGGUGGGGGACACCCUUGGCACGAUAGCCGAUCUUUUGAAUUCCAAUGUGGAGCUGAUUCGGAGCGUGAACCCAAAUUCAACCGCCAACCCAGAAUUCCUGAGCCCUGGGACAGUUUUGUUCGUGCCUACCGGAGUUGGUGCAGGUUCACCACCUCGUUCUUCAACAAAAGGGAAAACUAGAGCUGCGGUGAUAGUCGCAACCCCCAUAUCAGCUGCUUUCCUGCUUGUAUGUGGCUUGACCAUGUUCUUCCGUAUAAGAAAUCACUCUAAUCAGUCAGAUGCUGAAGAUCCUAAAAAGAAAUUGGAGAAGACAUUCAGUGCAAGAAGUAUGAAUGUGGGAAGUAUCGCUGAAUUGGAGAGCCACUAUCUUCGCAACAAAAAAACGGAAGAUAUUGAUAAGGCAUUGGAACUGGAUAGACCUGUGGUCUUUAGUUUGGAGGCAGUUGGCGAAGCCACAGCAAAUUUUGAUGAAAAGAGAAAGAUUGGAGAGGGAGGAUAUGGAAGUGUAUACCUUGGUAUGUUAGGGUCGCAGGAAGUUGCAAUAAAGAAGAUGAGGGCAAACAAAUCGAAGGAGUUCUUCGCUGAGCUAAAAGUGUUAUGCAAAGUGCACCAUAUAAAUGUGGUUGAGUUGAUCGGUUAUGCAGCUGGCGGCGACCACCUAUACCUGAUUUACGAAUAUGUUCAGAACGGUUCUCUCAGUGAGCAUCUUCACGAUCCUUUGCUUAAAGGUCAUCAGCCUCUCUCUUGGAGUGCCAGGAUACAAAUUGCCCUGGAUGCCGCAAGGGGCAUCGAGUAUAUUCAUGAUCACACUAAGGCAUGUUACGUGCAUCGCGACAUAAAAACAAGUAACAUUCUGCUAGAUAAUGGAUUAAGAGCCAAGGUUGCAGAUUUUGGGUUGGCAAAGCUCGUGGAAAGAAGUGGAGAAGAUGAGUUUUUGGCAACCCGAUUGGUUGGCACUCCCGGCUACCUCCCACCAGAAUCAGUGCGCGAACUUCAAAUGACCCCGAAAGUUGAUGUGUUUGCAUUUGGAGUAGUUCUCGCAGAACUUAUCACAGGUCUGCGAGCUCUCAUUAGAGACAAUAAGGAACCCAGCAAGAUGAGAACGCUAGUUUCAACUAUGAAAAGAGCUUUGGAAGGCGACGAUCAGCAAAAUACUUUGGAGACAAUCAUAGAUGGUAACCUAAAGGACAAUUAUCCUAUCGAGGAAGUUCACAAGAUGGCAGCGAUUUCGUUGUGGUGCUUGAGCGACGACCCAAUGGAUCGACCGGAAAUGAGGGAGGUGAUGACGAAGCUGUCUCAUAUCCUCAUGGCCUCCAUAGAAUGGGAGGCAUCUCUCGGUGGCAACGGCGAAGUGUUCAGCGGCGUCUUCAAUGGCAGAUGAGAGAACAGCCUCAACUAGGAGAGGAGAAUGUCAUAUUAAUUUUUAACUAUUUGACUAAAUUACACUUUUAAUCCUCAAACUAUGUAGCGUGCGACACUUUGUUCCCUGAAUUUUAAUUUGUUAUACUUUCUUACUCGAACUUUCUAAA